AAUGUUAAUUGCGUUAAAAAAAACAACAACAACUAUAAAACCUCGAAAUCUCGUGAGUUUACUGUUAGCUAAACCUUCCUGUAGCAUCUUCCUUUGUGCCCAGAAGAAGCUGCUGUAUGUGCUUUUGCUGCUUACAUUUCCAGUGUUUAUCCAUGAGUUUGGCAGCAGAAUAAAUGCUAAUGUAUUCAAAUAAGUCAACAGUUAAGAUGGAGGAAAACCAGUUUACUUCACUGACGGUUCCCUCGGAUUAUUUUCAGCAGUGGUACCAGUCCAGCCAGCAGUACCCUGAGGUACAGCAUGUGGCCCCGUAUCCCAGCAUGGAUCGUUACACAGAAGGUCCCAUGGAUGAGCCUGUCAUGGCCGAGCUAUCUGUCCACCGGGAUCCAGUUCUUUAUCAGGAACCUUUUUACCAGCUGGGACCUUUUUACCCUCCAGCCCCAAGUCAGUACCAGGAGCAGGUCUCUCAGCAGAACAUCAGGGAGCAGCAGCAGCAGCAGCAGCAGCAGCAGCCAGAUCUUGUAGUCCUGCACCGUCCACAGCAUCAACACACAGCACAGCAGCAGGAGCCGCCUAUUCAGCACCAGCCUGCAGGUCCACCUAAAGAUGUGACACCAGUGAAGAAGAAGAGAGGCCGACCUCCUAAACAGCAGACGGAGGAUGGUGAGACGCAUGAAGAGGAGGACGAGGUUGAGGCUGCCAAAAAAGCCAAGAGGGCUCUCAACCGUUUCAACGGCAUGUCGGUGGCUGACGUUAUGGCCAAAACACUGCCAGACGUUAUUACCUACAAUCUUGACAUUUUGAUAAUUGGAAUUAAUCCGGGACUAUUGUCAGCUUACAAAGGACAUCAUUACCCAAACCCAGGGAACCAUUUCUGGAAAUGUCUUUUUCUGUCAGGUCUAACUGACCAGCAGCUCAACUACAUGCACGACCAGAGCCUGCCUGAGAAAUACAGCAUCGGCUUCACCAACAUGGUAGAAAGGACCACACCUGGCAGCAAGGACCUCUCCAGUAAAGAGAUCCGUGAAGGAGGCCGACAGUUACUUGAGAAGCUACAGAAAUACAAGCCACUAAUAGCAGCGUUUAAUGGAAAAGGUAUUUAUGAAAUCUUCUGCAAAGAAACCUUUGGUGUGAAGGCCAAGAACCUCGAGUUUGGCCUACAGCCGUACAAAAUCCCAGAAACUGAAACAGUGUGCUACUUGAUGCCAUCAUCAAGCCCCCGCUGCGCCCAGUUUCCUCGUGCACAAGAUAAGGUACAUUUCUACAUCAAGCUGAAGGAAUUGAGAGACCAGAUGAAAGGCCUGGCACCCGGCCAUGAGGUGGUAGAGACGCAGUACUCUUUUGACCUGCAGCUAGCUAAAGAGGAUGCCAAGAGGAUUGCAAUCAAAGAAGAGCAGCUGGAUCCAGAGUAUGAAAGCUGUAGUGGAGUGCAUGAAGCAACAAGGCACAGCACCAGCUCCUCAAACUAGAAGAGACUCAGGCGAGGAGAACAACAAGCCUGUCUACUGGAGCACUCAGGGUCGUGGGGGGUGCUGGAGUCUAUCCCAGCUGUCACAGGGAGAAAGGCGGGGUACACCCGGACAGGUCGCCAGUGUAUCGCAGGGCUAACACAGAGACAGACAACCAUUCACAUUCAUAUUCCCACCUACGGCCAAAUUAGAAUUGCCCAUUAACCUAACCCAUGCAUGUCACUGGACUGGGAAAGGAAGCUGGAGUACCUAGAGAGAACUCAUACAAGCAUGGGGAGAAUAUGCAGACCCCACACAUAAAGGCUCCACCCAGGUGAUGGAUUCGAACCUUUAUGCUAUGAGGCGACAGUGCUAACCACCGCACGACCGUGCUGCCUUAGCUUACACGUCACGUAUCUUUAUUUUGGUAUCUUGCAGCAGUUAACAUUAUAGGCCAGUCAGCCUAUAAUGGUGUGUAACACCUUGGGACAUUUGCCCAACAGAUACCAAAUACCUGCUGAACCAGCAGCAUCACCGAGGAUGAGAAGCAACACCAUGAGCGAAGAAGACCUCUGUUCCCAAAGCAUCACAGUGUCACGCACAAAAGUGAAAAAAGCACCCAGAGCACUCAGACAUGUGCAUGUUUUUGGUGUUUUGUUUUUUUUCAAUCACUAUUUAUUGCAUUUUGUAUGAAACAUGUUUCCAGUGAUUUAUUUUGUAUUUUAAUAGAAUUUCUUUUUGAUUUAUUGGCUGUAUAC